AUGCGGGGUGUGGAGAACAAUGCGGGGUGUGGAGAACAAUGCGGGGUGUGGAGAACAAUGCGGGGUGUGGAGAACAAUGCGGGGUGUGGAGAACAAUGCGGGGUGUGGAGAACAAUGCGGGGUGUGGAGAACAAUGCGGGGUGUGGAGAACAAUGCGGGGUGUGGAGAACAAUGCGGGGUGUGGAGAACAAUGCGGGGUGUGGAGAACAAUGCGGGGUGUGGAGAACAAUGCGGGGUGUGGAGAACAAUGCGGGGUGUGGAGAACAAUGCGGGGUGUGGAGAACAAUGCGGGGUGUGGAGAACAUUGCGGGGUGUGGAGAACAAUGCGGGGUGUGGAGAACAAUGCGGGGUGUGGAGAACAAUGCGGGGUGUGGAGAACAAUGCGGGGUGUGGAGAACAAUGCGGGGUGUGGAGAACAAUGCGGGGUGUGGAGAACAAUGCGGGGUGUGGAGAACAAUGCGGGGUGUGGAGAACAAUGCGGGGUGUGGAGAACAAUGCGGGGUGUGGAGAACAAUGCGGGGUGUGGAGAACAAUGCGGGGUGUGGAGAACAAUGCGGGGUGUGGAGAACAAUGCGGGGUGUGGAGAACAAUGCGGGGUGUGGAGAACAAUGCGGGGUGUGGAGAACAAUGCGGGGUGUGGAGAACAAUGCGGGGUGUGGAGAACAAUGCGGGGUGUGGAGAACAAUGCGGGGUGUGGAGAACAAUGCGGGGUGUGGAGAACAAUGCGGGGUGUGGAGAACAAUGCGGGGUGUGGAGAACAAUGCGGGGUGUGGAGAACAAUGCGGGGUGUGGAGAACAAUGCGGGGUGUGGAGAACAAUGCGGGGUGUGGAGAACAAUGCGGGGUGUGGAGAACAAUGCGGGGUGUGGAGAACAAUGCGGGGUGUGGAGAACAAUGCGGGGUGUGGAGAACAAUGCGGGGUGUGGAGAACAAUGCGGGGUGUGGAGAACAAUGCGGGGUGUGGAGAACAAUGCGGGGUGUGGAGAACAACGCGGGGUGUGGAGAACAACGCGGGGUGUGGAGAACAAUGCGGGGUGUGGAGAACAAUGCGGGGUGUGGAGAACAAUGCGGGGUGUGGAGAACAAUGCGGGGUGUGGAGAACAAUGCGGGGUGUGGAGAACAAUGCGGGGUGUGGAGAACAAUGCGGGGUGUGGAGAACAAUGCGGGGUGUGGAGAACAAUGCGGGGUGUGGAGAACAAUGCGGGGUGUGGAGAACAAUGUGGGUUGUGGAGAAUGA